GGGUCCUUCAGAGAAGAUGGCCACGAUCCUGGCACAGCACCUGGCUUCCCGACCCGAUGGCGGUAGCAACGGCCCUCCCGGACACGGACCCCCAGCCACACGAAGGCCCCAUGUCUUGUGCCCCCUCAUCUGCCAAAACGGAGGCGUCUGUCUCAAGAAGGACAAGUGUCUGUGCCCCCUCCACUGGACCGGCAAGUUCUGUCACAUCCCGGCCCUCCCUCGCUCCCACGGACAGAGCCCCAUGCGCCGAGAGACGGACGCGCCAUCGGGAGGGAGAGCAGAGGCCCUCACCAAGUCGGUCUACACCCUCCCGAUUGCCAACCACCACCACGAGCAUGACGGUGUGGCAUCGAUGGCAGACGUCCACGUGGAGCACCCACCCGAGGCCUCGGUCACGAUCCACCGGGUAGAGCGGGUGAGGGAGGAGCUGCCGGGCGACACCAAUGCCCUCCCGCUCUCCCGCCCUGCUCUCUACAGCGUCCUGGCCCAGAGCAGCCCUGGGGAGCCUGGCGGGGGCUACAGCGAGACCUCUGGCUUUGGCUACUGCUUCAGACAGCUCCGUGACGGAGAGUGCAGUGCCCCCCUGCCUGGCUUGCGCACCCGUGAGAUCUGCUGCCGUGGGGCCGGCCUGGCGUGGGGUGUCCAUGGCUGCCAGCCUUGCACCAAUGGUGACCUCGGAGAUUCUGGCCCAGUGGGGAGGAAUGAAGUCCCUUGCCCCAAAGGUUUCCAGCGGAGAAAUGGUUCCUGCAUAGACAUCGACGAGUGCCAGGAGGGGAGCUUCUGCCACAACGGGGAGUGCACCAACACCCGGGGCAGCUUUGCCUGCGUCUGCCACGAGGGAUUCAUCCUGGACUCCUCCCGCAGCAGCUGCAUCUCCCACCACGUGAUCUCAGAGGCCAAGGGCCCCUGUUUCCGGGUCCUUCGGGAGGGCGGCUGCUCCCUGCCCAUCUUGCGCAACAUCACCAAGCAGAUCUGCUGCUGCAGCCGCGUUGGCAAAGCCUGGGGUCACGGGUGCGAGCGCUGCCCUGCUUUUGGCUCAGAGGGAUUCAAGGAGAUUUGCCCAGCUGGACCGGGCUACCACUACUCGGCCUCUGACCUCCGCUACGACACACGCUACCUGGGGCAGGACUUGCCGCGCGUGCCCGUCAGUCGCCAGCCGGGGGGACGGGGGCCUUCGGCCAGGCCUCUUCGGACCACACCAGCCCCCGAUAUCGUCCGUUGGACCCCCCCGCCCACCGUCCUGCAGGGGCGUCAGCCUCCCCGCCGUGUGCCCACUUCUCCCCCUGGCCCUGAGCCAUCUCCAUCAGAGGCUGCACAGGGCGUGUGUGAGCGUCGUCCCCAAGUGUGCGGGCCAGGGCGUUGCAUCCCCCGCCAAGGUGGCUACACGUGCGUCUGUGACCGUGGCUACUGGCUCAACCCUCAGGGCACCCACUGCAUCGAUGUGGACGAGUGUCGGCGGAGCCCUCGCCCCUGUGCCAACGGGCGCUGUGAGAACACGGUGGGCAGCUUCAGCUGUCGGUGCCGGGCUGGCUACCAGGCUGACCCUUCAGGAGCGGAGUGCCAGGACAUUGACGAGUGUGCCAAAACGCCCCCACCCUGUGCCCACGGGCAUUGCCACAACACCCCCGGCUCCUUCAGCUGCUCCUGCCCCAGUGGCUACCAACUGGACCCGGCUGGCUUUGAAUGCCGAGACAUCGAUGAGUGCGCGCAGAGCCCCCCACCUUGUGCGAGGGGCCGCUGCCAGAACACCCCGGGCUCCUACCGUUGUGCCUGCCCCACGGGUUACCAGCCAGGCCCUACGGGGACCGAGUGUCUGGACGUGGACGAAUGCUGGGAGAAACCCCAUAUUUGCCAGCCGGGUCGUUGUGAGAAUGUGCCAGGCGGUUACCACUGCACCUGCCCGAUUGGCUACCAGCCGAGCCCACAGAGGACCCACUGUGUGGAUGUUGAUGAAUGCCAACAGAGCCCACCACCGUGUGGCUCUGGGCGCUGCGAGAACGUGCCUGGCGGGUAUCGCUGUCUCUGCCCCAUGGGAUUCCGCGCCAGCCUCACGGAGAACCAGUGCCUGGACAUCGACGAGUGCUCAGCGGGGUCCCCCUGCGGCCCCCAGGGGCGCUGCUUCAACACUGAGGGCUCCUACCGCUGCCAGUGCGGCCGAGGCUACCGGGGAGACGGGACGGGCUCCGCCUGUGUGGAUGUCAACGAGUGCCUGGAGGGGGAGUUCUGCUUCCCCCGGGGCGAGUGCCUCAACACGGAGGGCUCCUACACCUGCCUUUGCGCUCAAGGCUUCACCACAGCCCCCGGCGGCGCCUCCUGUGUGGACAUUGACGAAUGCCAGGCCGGUGCCGUCUGUGCCGGUGGGCACUGUGCCAACACAGAGGGCUCUUUUGAUUGCUACUGCCCGCCUGGUACCCGCAGCAGCUCCGAAAAGUCUUCCUGCGAGGAUAUUGACGAGUGCCAGGAAUAUGGGGCAGCCCUCUGCGGGACCCAGCGCUGCGAGAACUCCGCCGGCUCUUACCGCUGCGUGGCCCACUGCCAGGCGGGCUUCCGAACCAGCGCCAUGGGGGACUGUGUGGACAUAAAUGAAUGCCAGGAGUAUGGGGCAGGGCUGUGUGGGGAGAAGCGCUGCGAGAACACCCCGGGCUCCUACCACUGCGUGUCCAUCUGCCAGUCUGGCUACCGAGCCACAGCCACGGGAGAUUGUGUGGAUGUGGACGAGUGCCGGAACAGUUCGUCGUGCGGCACCCACGCCGUCUGCCACAACCUGCCCGGCUCCUUCCAGUGCAUCUGCGACCAGGGUUACGAGAGCGCCCAGGAUGGACGGCACUGCUUAGACGCAAACGAGUGCGAGACGAUGCAAGGGGUGUGUGGAUCUGCGCGCUGCGAGAACGUAGAGGGCUCCUUCCUCUGCAUUUGCCCCCGAGCGGGUGAAGAGUUCGACCCCAUGAUCGGCCGCUGUGUUGCUCCGUCAGCGCAUCUCCCGGCCUCGCCCCAGCGUCCGGAUGCUUCGCGAGCCGAGUCCCGACCCGCCGUGGCCAGCGACAGCCUCCGCCAGGAGUGCUACCACGACCCCAGCCACGCCCAGGUCUGCGACCACGUCCUGUCCUGGAACGUCACCCGUCAAGAGUGCUGCUGCAGCCUCGGCCACAGCUGGGGCCUGGACUGCCGCGUCCAGAGGUGCCCCCUUCCGGAGACAGACGAGUACCGUGCCCUGUGUCCUCACGGAGAGGGCUACGCACCCGCCAUUACGGGAAGCGGCUCUUCAACCUUUGCAGAUGUGGACGAGUGCUCCCUCUUCAGCAACCAGGUCUGCAAGGGUGGGGUCUGCGUGAACAAAAGCCCCCACUACACCUGCUACUGCCCCAACGGCUACUACUAUGAGGAGCUACACCUGGUGUGCAUCGAUAACGACGAGUGCCUUGACGAGGAGACAGAGCCUUGCGUGGGAGGCCGUUGUAUCAACACCAUCGGCUCCUACUACUGUUCCUGCGCUGCUCCUCUGGUGCUGGACGCCUCCCAGCACCGCUGUGUGCCCAAUGACAGCCAAAGCUUGGAUGACAACCUGGCCGUCUGCUGGCAGGAGGUGGGGCCCGACCUGGUGUGCAGCCGCCCCCACCUGGACCGCCAGGUCACCUACACCGAGUGCUGCUGCCUCUUUGGGGAAGCGUGGAGCAUGAGCUGCGCCUUGUGCCCGACCCGGGACUCGGAUGACUUCGAAGCCCUCUGCAACGUCCUCCGGCCGCCCAGCUACGGCCCCGUGCGCCCAGGAAGCCUGGGGCUGCCUUUCGAAUAUGGAGGGGGAGAGUAUCUGCCCUACGGCCCAGAGAUCUUUGCCCCUCUGCCCCGGCCCGGCCCACGGCUUCCAGGCUACGACCCUUUUCCCCGCGACUCCCUCUACGGCCCCUCACCCUACGAGGCCACUGACUUUGAGGAUCUUUCCUACACGGAGACGCGCCAUGAGGACCCGGCCGAGCAUUCCCGGGGUGGAUACCGGCCUCGUAGCCCCCCGGAGUCAGACUGGCAAUACCCGUCACGCGGACGCGGGGGGACCUACUUGGAACGGCCGGGACGGGCUAGUGAAGGUUACGGCCGUUUCGAAAGCUUCGGGGACCUCCAGGCUGAAGAAUGCGGGAUCCUGAGUGGCUGCGAAAAUGGGCGGUGCGUCCGCGUGGCUGACGGAUUCACCUGCGACUGCCACGAUGGCUACCGCCUCGACCCAACCCGCAUGGCCUGCGUUGAUAUUGAUGAAUGCAACGAGAUGGAGGGACUCUGCCCGGGUGGCCGAUGCCUCAACACGGAUGGCUUUUACCAGUGCUUGUGCCCGCAGGGCAUGAGGCCCCUUGGCCAGCCCCCCCGCUGCGCCCCUGCCCCCCGCAGCCGGGCCUGAGCUGCAGCGGGUCUGGGGCAGUGGCGCAGAAUAUUUAUUACUUUGUAUAGACUGGGAAAGGGUAGGGAAGGUUAGGUGGGGCACAGGGCGCUCCCCAGUUCUCCCGUCCGUCCGUCCAUUUGGCAGGCAGGUAGGCAGGCAGGUGGAGGGGGCGUGUGGACAGACAGAUGGAUGGAUGGAUGGGAGGUGCUGGGAAAAGAGAGGGAGCACCAGUGCCGAAGCAGAAGCUGGGGAAACACUGAAGCCAAAGGAAAGGAGGAGUGUGUCCCCUUGAGUUUGGAAAGGGAGGAGGUUUGGUCCAGCUUCAUACAGAUAGCAAGGCUGGGGGGGGGGCAUUGAGGGGCAGAGCAUAGAAGGGGUCAGGGCCAGGGCAGCAAACCCCAAAUGAGAUCCAAACCAGGGUAGCUCAGAAGACAGAGAAUUGCAGAGAACGGGGGCCUCCCUUGCAAACUAAGCUGUUCCCCUCCCUCUCGCACACACACACAGACACACCCUCCACGCACUACCCCCAGGAUUUUAUAUGUAUUUUUUACAGUAUUAAAAACAAAAGCCUCCUGACACUCCUCUGACACUGGAAGACAUUUGGCCUGGGGUGGGGGGGGGACACACAAGUGUGAUUCUUCUCACCAGCCCUGCCGUUUUGCCAUUAGAGACCUUUUGCCUCAUACGGUAGGACGGGGAGUAGAAAGGACUGGCAUACCUUGCAUGGGGUCUGUUGCCAACCCCCUCCUUCCAGCCACCCAGAACAUCUGCAACCUCAGAGUCCCCAAAACCUUUUUUUUGCAGCUUCGCCCUGGAUGCUCCUGUGCCUCCCUGCCUCCCCACCCCACAUGUCCCAGGUGCAGGAGACCA